AUGUACGAUGUACGCACCGGUACGUAAGGUACGUUCGUACGUACUCGUACGMACCAUGAUGGAAGUUUGCAGUUUUAAUUCGUUCCCUCCAGCUGCUUUUGUCUCCGAUGUUCUUCUAACAAUUCUCUAACAAAUUCUGCACCACAUCAUGUCUAUUGGGAAUCUCGCACUACCAGUCUGAUCGGUAUGGUUUGCUACGCCGUUCAAGUACGUACGUACGUGUAGUACCGUUCCUGUGGGGAAGGAUAUUUUUCGCGCUAAGUAUUUUUUUGCUUCGAUUGUUUCAUUUUCUUCGGUUGACGCGGCGCCGCAUUGUGAUGGUCGUAGCGGUACGAGUACGAGUACGAGUACGAGUACGGUAGGAAGGUGAGAGUUUAGAGCGAAUCACACCAAUCACAUUUUUGAUCGGUUUCUCCCGAAUUCUUCCGCUGCGAAUCUCACAAAAAGGAACCAGCGUUCCCCACAAGGAGAGAAUCUUGGUUCCCUUUGCGAGCCAUACCGCACCAGACCACACCGCACCAGACCGCACGGCACCGCAUCUCAGCGCACGAUGAACGCCACCCUGCGAUUCCUUCUCGCGGCGAUUGCUGCCUCCCACCCGUCCUGCCUCGGGUUUUCCGUCUCGUCGCUCUCGGGGUUUCACGGAACGAAGCUGCGGCCGUYGGAGCCGGAACGGGGGCCCGCGAGCAGCGGCAGCCGCGGGGGGUCCUCGCCGGCCCGUGGAUGCAUCACCAUGAGAAAGCAAAAGGCCUCGGACCGAAGAACCCGUCGGAUGCAGCGGGGGGGAGAAGAACUGGCCCAGGACAUGAUCCUGGGGAACCUGUCGCGGCGAGAAGUCACCAUCACCAGCUCGCCCAUGUCCAAAAAGGGAGAAUGGAAGCAGCGGAGGACGAGCGAUCGGAUCGACCCAAGGAUAAAAUCGGGGGGGAGAGGGAGAUCCAGAAAGCGAUCGCUGCUCUACAACAGCCUCUCUCURUACCACAACAAGUUUUUGAACUUUCUCACCGAGGAAUACAAGGCCGAGGUACGUAACAGUUGCCACYAGACGAACGGACCGGACGGAUUCGGCACGCUGAAUCGUCUUUGCGAACGGCGGAUUGCGCUAUCGAGCCGCGCUCGGUUUGYUUUCUCGACUCAUUUCUUUUUCACGCCUAUCGAACCUUUGUGGCGCUGCGCAGGAGCAAGAGGUGACGGAACGCAUCAAAUCGUCCAUCGACGAUCCACUAGGKCUGGGUGAGUUGGUUCCGAUCGCAUCGGUUGUGUCGCGUUGUUUGUGUCGCGUCGGUUGGGCUAUAGGACACGCCCGCAGCUGGYAUACCUUGUUCUGCGGUUCGAYCCCCCUCACGUCUUUUUCUCUCCUGCCGUUUGAUGCGCAGAACUGGCCGGACACGCCUUGUUGGACAUGUACGCCGAACGGCGUGGAAGCCUCUUCUCGGACGAAAUCUAUCGGCUCACCAAGGCGGGGGACGCCACUACCAGUGCCGAAGACGGCAACGGGAACCAAAUCCUGCCCCCCAACAACAAAUUCUCGAAAAACGACGUCAUUCUCCUCACGCUACAACCACUGGGYAGCGGAGAUUUUUUCGAUCCGCGGCACCUGCCGACCAGCAGCUCUUCGACCCGGGUCGAAGCCCGCGUCCUCAACAGAGGCCCCGGUUACAUCGACGUUGCCAUCAACGCCGGCGCCUUUGAAGCAAACUUCGGGCCCGCUCCCAACAACGAGGGGCCGUCCGGAAGGGGCGAUCCUUCGAUGCGCCUCCGGGCCGAUCGAUUCUUCUCGAGCAUUCCCUACGAGCGCAUGGUGGAAGCCCUGACCAGGAUCUCGAUCAUUCCCGAACGCGAACCCCAGCCGUCGCCGGAGGGGACCGACCAGAAGCGCGGCGACGGGAAACAUUCCAAGAAGUCGAAGGCGGACGACGCCAGAAACACCAACGCCGCGCCGUAUAGCAAUAUCUGUAUGGACGACCUGUUGCGAGAGGCCGUCAUUUCGUCGCACUCUUUCACGGAUCCCACGAGCCCCAUGUUCCACGACGUUGACUCGGUCGACCUCGUCUCGCUCGAGCGACGGCUUUCGCAGCCACCCAUGCCGUCGUCGGUGAUGCUUGCAAACCAGGUCUUGAACUACGUCCAGGCGAACAGUGGUGUCGACAAGGCAUUCAAGCCCCUCAAUGCGCCACAACUCGCUGCCAUUGGUGCAGCUCUGACAAGGAAAUUGACGCUGAUCCAAGGUCCUCCGGGAACGGGAAAGACAACCACGGCAAGCGUCAUUGGCUUUGGCUACACCCACAAGUGCCGCUCACUCUCGCCCAACGCGAAGGUUCUUGCCUSCGCCUUUUCGAACGCAGGUGCCGACAACCUUGCCGAGGGCUUUCUCCAACUCGGCCUCAAGGUAGUAAGAAUCGGAAAAGCAUCGGCCAUAUCGGAAGGUCUUUGGGACUUUACUUUGGAUGCGGCCAUCGACGCCGAUCCAGACGCAAGAAAAGCAAUGCAAUCGGCUGCCAGUGCGACAGCAACCUUGAUGAAGAUCCGCAAGGACAAGAAGAACAGAAACUCGAACGGAGCGGGGAUGAGCGAGCGAGCGGCACAGGAGAUCGCUACGACGGCGGUCAAGCGAUCGAUCYGGGCCUGCAACAUUGCCGCGACGAAAGCAAUGCGCGAGGCCGACAUCAUCGUAUCGACGUGCACCGGAGCCGCCGACCCACGUCUGAUGGCAGCGUGUGGCUUGAACGCCGACCCAGACGAGCUUUUGGAAAGAGAGGAGAGGCACGCGAACGGCGACCGCACRAAGCAACGCCAAGCCGUUCCGAAAUCGGGGACGGACAAGCCCGUAGACCGUACCAUCGCACCCGAUGGCUUGCCACCGCUGAGUUUGCCGUUUGUCAUUGUUGACGAGGCAUGCCAAAGCGUCGAACCCGGUACGUUGAUACCCCUCACAGCCUCGAACAGUUGCAGGUCCCUUGUCCUGCUGGGGGACCCUUGCCAACUCCCGGCUACGGUGAAAAGUGACCCARGGUCGUCGUUUUCCGUGUCCCUCAUGGAGCGACUGGCAGCUACGUUGCCGGCGCCAAGGAUCAAAAUGAAACAAGAAAACAUCCAAAUAGAUUUGGAAUUUGCAG